AUGGAUAGCAAGCUGCGUGCUGAGGAAAUAACCAACAUCCUCACCCUUACCGCAGCAAAGCGGGUGAGGAAAUACGACCACAUCUCAGCCUUUAGCAUCCGCUUUGAAGCAGAUGACACUGGUGCAGCAUCCAGUGCUGGUGACUUUCGCUCCCUUGUCAAGACCUUCGGGCUGAGCGAUAUCGAUGAAUGUGUCAUCCCAGCAGGAUGUCUCUACCCAGCAACUAAAGUAGGAAAUGUGCUGGAAAUGCAUCUAACCACCGAGUUUUCGCGCUGUUCCCAGACACCGGAAGGCCGAUGCCUUGCAAUUAUCCACUAUGCUGGACAUGCACGUUAUGACGAGUGCGACGGGCUUUUCUUUGACGCUGGGCCUAUCCCAGGCCAUUUUCCAUUCUCGUCACUCACCAGCCGCAUCUCGGAGUUCCACGCGAGCCAAUGCCCUCCCUUUGAUGUUGUCUUCAUCAUUGACUCCUAUUACGCUGGUGGUGCGUCACUCCAGUAUACUCCCAGGAGACGGGAGACCGUUGAGCUAUUGGCCGCUGUUAGUGAGGAUAGUACAUUUACAUCGAAAUUGGCAAAUGAGGCAGCGUUGGCCAGUGCCAAAAUGCCAUCGAUCGAUUUCAUUGAGCUCUUAAAACGCACCUACGAUAUGUCAGUUGUCAAGAAACCGGUUCAUAGGUUUCUUGCGGGUGCUAUCCCGAUCAGACUUCGAUUUGCGGCAGAACUAAACGCCUCUCCGCCUCCAUCACCCACUGCAUCGUUGUCAGUGAAUAGCAACUAUACAGUUGUUAUUAAAUGCCAUGUCGUUGAUGAUCCUACCUCAGCUGGGGUGGGCCGGCUGAUUAAGACGAUCGAAGACGUCCAGCACUCCAUCGGCGUUGUCGUUGACCAAGUUUAUCCCGCUGAAUCUACCGGUCUAGUUAUGCGCGUGCCACACAGCGUCUUCCUGUCUUUAGAGACCCUCUCGGGUAUCGAAGUGCUGUUCGAAAACGUGGGGCGUCCUAUUCCUGUCCGUGAAGUCGCUACGGAGUACACCAGUCGCCUUGUCAAUUCGUGA